GCUCGUUAAAAUGGUGGGAGACGACAGAGGAUUCCCUCGCUCUGUUCCGAGCUGUUACACUAACAUGCUUGUUGCUGACGCUGAGCCUUUCUAAAAGUUAACAGCUGGUUACGUAACGCCCGGCACUAAGAGCUCGGAUCUCCACUCGGUCCCGUCCGCGCUCCGCUCCGCUCCGCGUCGUGUUGUUCACUCUUGGCUUUGUUAUUACCAGUCCAAAGUCCAACAGACAGACAGCUCACACACAACAGGACAAGGAGACCGACCACUCCGUUGCACCAACUUUUAUUCCCCCCUACAAACUUUACGCCAAACCAGCGAUCACAAUGGGGAAAGGCUGCAUGAAGGCAAUCAAGUACUUCCUGUUCCUCUUCAAUGUCCUCUUCUUCCUGUUUGGCGCCCUCAUCAUGGGGUUCGGACUGUGGGUCCUUCUGGACAAUGAGAGCUUCAUGGUCAUCCUGCAAGAGUCCUCCACAGCGCUGAAGAUAGCUUCCUACAUCCUGAUAGGUGUCGGUGGUCUCUCCAUGUUGAUGGGCUUCCUGGGUUGCCUGGGGGCUAUCUACGAGAUCCGCUGUCUGCUGGGCCUGUACUUCACCUGCCUGCUGCUGAUUCUGAUUGGUCAGGUGGCAGCCGGUGUACUCAUCUACUUCCAGAAGGACCUGCUAAAUAAGGAGAUGUCCAACAUCGUGACCCAGAUCCUGAGCAACUACCCUGGGAAGAACAGCACCACCGAGCAGGCCUGGGAUUACAUACAGAGGACGAUGGAGUGUUGUGGAUGGAGUGGUCGUAUGGACUGGCAUGGUAAUGCUGUCGUAGUGAACAGUUCCCAGCUGUUGUUCCCGUGUUCCUGUCAGAAUGUGUCUCUGGUUGAGGGUAACUCCUCCUCCGACAGUGGUUUCUGUGAGGCGCAGUCACUUGAUUGGCCCGUCUACGACAGGGGCUGUAACUCCAGUGUAGAGAGCUGGCUGUUUGCCAAUGUUGGAGUGAUCCUAGGGGUCUGCCUGGGAGUGGCUGUCAUCGAGCUCCUGGGUAUGAUCCUGUCCAUAGGGCUGUGUAAGAGCGUACACACUGAGGAUUACACCAAAGUGCCAAAGUACUGAAGAUGAUGACGACACACACACACACACACACACACACACACACACACACACACACACACACGUUCGGUGCAGAUGUUUAUUUGCUUUCAUUUUUUUUGUUUAAUUUUUGUUUUGUUUUUGUUAGUAUUUUUGGGGGGGGAGGCACUUGUCUUUUCUCUCAGUCCAGUUUCCAUCGGAGCACUUUAGAGACUGUAGUUAUGGAUUAGAGAGGAAGACGAGAGCAGACCGGGUCACAGAGACAACAGGAAAGAGAGAUGUGGAGAAAGUGAGGACAGAGAAGACGAGGAUGUGGAAAGAGAUGAAGGGUCGUCUCCUACCCUCGGCAGAUGCAGUCUACCACAUCCUUGACUUCUGGGGAAAGAUCCAUUUUAUCAUCAGGAAUCAAUCAUGAUCGCCAUUGUUUGUCAGCUCUCACAGGGUCCAAUCCUAACUUCAGAUAUGCAUGGAUCUCAGGUUCGGUCAACGGUUGUUAUUGAGUUGACCUGACUAGAAGAGGAAGAGUUCGGUCAACGGUUGUUAUUGAGUUGACCUGACUAGAAGAGGAAGAGUUCGGUCAACGGUUGUUAUUGAGUUGACCUGACUAGAAGAGGAAGAGUUCGGUCAACGGUUGUUAUUGAGUUGACCUGACUAGAAGAGGAAGAGUUCGGUCAACGGUUGUUAUUGAGUUGACCUGACUAGAAGAGGAAGAGUUCGGUCAACGGUUGUUAUUGAGUUGACCUGACUAGAAGAGGAAGAGUUCGGUCAACGGUUGUUAUUGAGUUGACCUGACUAGAAGAGGAAGAGUUCGGUCAACGGUUGUUAUUGAGUUGACCUGACUAGAAGAGGAAGAGUUCGGUCAACGGUUGUUAUUGAGUUGACCUGACUAGAAGAGGAAGAGUUCGGUCAACGGUUGUUAUUGAGUUGACCUGACUAGAAGAGGAAGAGUUCGGGUUAUUGGACUCCUGGAAAAUAAACAACGUUUAUGUUUUUAUUUUCUGUUCUUCAGUGUUUUGAGGAGUUAAUGCAUUUUUGUUUGUUAUAGUACCUUGUAUAUAAUUUAGUUUGGUAUUUCGUGAGCCUCUGAAUCUGCGUUUUUUUUGUUUUGUUGUGAAGAUGUUUUUUGUUCGUUGCAUGUUCUCUUUUUCAUGCAU